AUGAUCUCAACCCGGAUUGGCCGCCUGGGUGCGCUGCUUUUGGGUGUGCGGGGUCUGGCGACUGUCAGCGAUUCUCCUCUCGACAAAAAGGUCGAGAUGUGCAAUCAUGAGAAGGGUAACUACAUAAACUACAAAAAAAUGGCAGAGAACCUCGACAUUGUUCGAAGCCGCUUGAACCGCCCUUUAACAUAUGCUGAAAAGAUUAUGUACUCCCACCUUGACGAUCCCCAUGGACAAGACAUUCAGCGGGGAAAAUCUUACCUCAAGCUGCGGCCGGACCGUGUGGCCUGUCAAGAUGCAACUGCGCAGAUGGCCAUCUUGCAGUUCAUGUCCGCUGGCAUGCCUUCUGUUGCUACUCCAACCACCGUUCACUGCGACCACUUAAUUGAAGCUCAACUUGGUGGAGAAAAAGAUCUUGCCCGAGCUAACGAGAUCAACAAGGAGGUCUACGAUUUCCUUGCUUCAUCCUGCGCGAAGUACAACAUUGGAUUCUGGAAACCGGGAUCCGGCAUUAUCCAUCAAAUCCUCCUGGAAAACUAUGCUUUCCCUGGAGGCCUGAUGAUCGGAACCGACUCGCAUACUCCCAACGGUGGUGGUCUUGGUAUGGCUGCCAUUGGUGUUGGGGGUGCUGACGCUGUCGAUGUGAUGGCUGGUCUUCCCUGGGAACUGAAGGCUCCCAAUGUCAUCGGUGUGAAACUAACCGGUCAAUUGUCCGGCUGGACGGCUCCAAAAGAUAUUAUCUUGAAAGUUGCUGGUAUUCUCACUGUCAAAGGCGGUACUGGGGCUAUUAUCGAGUACCACGGACCAGGCGUUGAGUCCCUGUCUUGCACGGGUAUGGGCACCAUCUGUAACAUGGGUGCUGAAAUUGGUGCUACUACUUCUGUUUUCCCCUUCAACGACCGUAUGUACGACUAUCUAAAGGCCACCAGACGUCAACAUAUUGGUGACUUCGCGAGAUCCUAUGCCCACGGGCUCCGUGAAGAUGAAGGCGCUGAGUACGACCAACUAAUCGAGAUCAACUUGUCUGAACUCGAGCCUCACAUUAACGGUCCUUUCACUCCUGACUUGGCAACCCCCAUUUCCAAAUUUAAGGAUGCUGUCAAGGAGCACGGCUGGCCCGAAGAGCUCAAAGUCGGUCUGAUCGGUUCCUGCACUAACUCCUCUUAUGAGGAUAUGUCUCGAGCUGCUUCCAUCGCUCAAGAUGCCUUGGACCAUGGUAUCAAGGCCAAAUCUCUUUUCACCGUCACUCCCGGCUCGGAACAGAUCCGUGCAACCAUCGAACGUGAUGGGCAGUUGCAAACCCUCGAGGAAUUCGGCGGUGUUAUCCUUGCCAACGCCUGCGGCCCUUGCAUUGGGCAGUGGGACCGUAGGGAUGUCAAGAAGGGCGAGGCCAACUCCAUUAUCUCGUCCUACAAUCGCAACUUCACUGGCCGCAACGAUGCCAACCCUGCCACUCAUGCUUUCGUCACAUCUCCCGACCUCGUUGUGGCCAUGACUAUUGCCGGAACUCUUAACUUCAACCCCUUGACCGAUACUCUCAAGGGUAAAGACGGGAAGGAGUUCAAGCUUAAGGCACCAACUGGUGUCGGCCUCCCGUCCCGCGGAUAUGAUCCCGGUCGCGACACAUACCAGGCGCCACCAAAGGAGCGAUCUUCCAUUUCCGUCGCUGUUUCACCAACUAGUGAUCGUCUCCAGAUCCUGGAAGCAUUUAAACCAUGGGAUGGAAAGGACGCGCUUGGAGUUCCUAUUCUGAUCAAGGCGCAAGGCAAAACCACCACUGACCACAUUUCCAUGGCCGGCCCCUGGUUGAAAUACCGUGGCCAUCUUGACAAUAUCUCCAACAACAUGUUGAUUGGCGCCAUUAACGCUGAGAACGGAGAAGCCAACAAGGUCAAGAACUUCAAGACUGGUGAAUAUGGCCCUGUCCCCGCCACUGCCCGUGACUACAAAGCUAGAGGAAUCCCAUGGGUCGUCAUCGGUGACUGGAACUACGGCGAGGGAAGCUCCCGAGAACACGCUGCCCUAGAGCCCAGACACCUUGGAGGUCUUGCUAUCAUCACUCGAAGCUUCGCCCGUAUUCACGAAACCAAUUUAAAGAAACAGGGUAUGCUUCCUCUCACCUUCACUGACCCAGCCGACUAUGACAAGAUCCAGCCCAAUGACAUCGUCGACCUGAUGUGCACCGAGCUUGCUGUUGGAAAACCCAUGACUCUUCGUGUCCAUCCCAAGGAUGGCAAGUCGUUCGACAUCUCUCUCUCCCACACCUUCAACGAGUCUCAGAUCCAAUGGUUCAAGGACGGAAGCGCCCUGAACACCAUGGCCAAGCAGCGUGCUUAGAAAAUAUUUUGGUUUCAUUUCCGACUAUUCAUCAAAGAAAAACUCUUAAGGCCUGUGAAGAAAAGUUGGUAGCGUUGGUAUUUGCAGUGUCGUCAUCCCUUGUUUAUGUAUGAAUAUGUCCCCAUAUUUUGCUUUUCUCUCUAUAUAAGGCAUGAAGAGAACGGAUAAAAUCUUGGACAGCGAAAGGUUUGGGUGGGAGGCAUUGUUGUCGGGUGUUGGACAACGAAAUGUUACGAGCCUAGAGGAGAAAAGCAGGGAACCUAGGCCAAAAUGCUAGUGCAUUGCGGUGAAGAGCGCAGUAGGGUCAUUACCCGUCCUCGUCGCCGCAAACAGCAGCAUCCUAGGUACGAUUUAGCGGGUUUACUCUUUGAUGAUCUUCUCUCCCGCAAUACGCAUUGGCAAAUACGAAGCGAAAACAUUUCUCGAAGAGGAAACGCCCGUCCGUCCUGCUUUCAUCGAUCAGACGCGAGCGGCAAUGCCAAGAGGGUGGAUAUUAACACAUCGCAUCGACUGGGAGUUGAAACGGUUUAGUUCGCAGUUGGAUAUCCAAAAUAGGGACCUGUUACAACUACGUCACAUUCUUCACUUUUUCCUCUCUCAUCAGCCCCCCUCCCCACCCCAAUUUUUUUCUAUCCAUUCCCUUCACUUCGCCAAAACUCCAUCCUAUACCCUACCAACCCAAAUUUUCCCGAACCUUCGCGCCUUCGAUUAAGUUUUAUGUUUACCCAGUCGGUCCAGUUCCUUUUUACGUGCUAUUCCUCUACCUGUUUCGUAUUAUUUUCAUUAUCGUCUCAGGAAAUGUAAUGAAAUCAACACAAAUUUUUUGAUGUGACUUUCUUUCCUUUUUCCUUUUGUCUUGGUCUACCACUUUGCUUAUGAUUUCUUCACAUAUAUAUACAACAGUACAUAUGUUAACUAUACAUAAAUAUUAUCCGUUAUUUUAACA